AUAACGUGUCAUUUCUAAUAUCAUUGGAUUUAACGAGGGAAUGAGUAGUAAUCUAGGUAUACUUGCGCAAUAGAAGCGGACGGGGAUUGUCAACAUCAGGACAAGAAGUUUCAAGGAGACAACAGUCAUGAUAUCCAAAAUACCAGAAUCAGAGCUGAUAGCUCAGGGUGCAGAGGCGAGGCUUUACAAGAGCACGUACCUUGGAAAGCCAGUAAUUAUAAAAGAAAGAUUCGAGAAAAAAUAUAGGCACGCGGAUUUGGAUGUGCGGCUAACUAAGGAACGAAUCAAAGCAGAGGCUCGAGCUAUCGUUCGUGCAAAAUCAGCUGGCGUUUUAACACCCGCUUUAUAUCUAGUCGAUUACAAUCGUCGAAGUAUCUUUAUGCAAUGUAUAGAAAAUGCAACUAUGCUAAAGACAUUCAUCGAUCAACACAUUUCCGGAAAAAAUUCAGUAGAAAUUUUAAUUGACAACAUUACAACCGCACUCGGUCAAACAAUCGCUAAGCUUCAUUCGAAAAAUAUCGUUCACGGAGAUUUGACGACGUCUAACAUUCUCUUGAUAAAUGCAGUUGAAUUAUUAAAUGUUAACUUGUCAAUGGAUAUUACAAAACAGUUAGUAGUUAUUGAUUUUGGCUUGGCAAAAGUUGAUUCUACUGCCGAAGAUGCCGCUGUUGAUCUGUAUGUUUUGGAGAGAUCACUAACAAGUGCUCAUGCACAACAACCAAAUUUAUUCGGAUACAUUUAUAAGAGUUAUACGAAAUUUUUCAAAAACAAGUCUCAAUUAAAAGAAAUAGUAACAAAAUACGAGGAUGUAAAAGCACGAGGUCGUAAACGAACAAUGGUUGGGUAAAAAAUGAAAAAAU